AUGUCCCCUCCCUUCCUCCUGGGCAGGUACUUCAUGAAUAUUACCUGGGACAACCGGGAUUACUCCUUCAAUGAGGAUGGCUUCUUGGUGAACCCCUCUCUGGUUGUCAUCUCCCUCACCAGAGAUAGGACUUGGGAGGUGGUGGGCAGCUGGGAGCAGCAGACUCUCCGCCUCAAGUACCCGCUAUGGUCCCGCUACGGCCGCUUCCUGCAGCCUGUGGAUGACACACAGCACCUCACCGUGGCCACGCUGGAGGAGAGGCCCUUUGUCAUUGUGGAGCCCGCCGACCCCAUUAGUGGCACCUGCAUCCGAGACUCCGUGCCCUGCCGGAGCCAGCUCAACCGCACCCACAGCCCUCCCCCGGACGCCCCCCGCCCGGAAAAGCGGUGCUGCAAGGGCUUCUGCAUCGACAUCCUGAAGCGGCUGGCGCAGACCAUCGGCUUCAGCUACGACCUCUACCUGGUCACCAACGGCAAGCACGGAAAGAAGAUCGACGGCGUCUGGAACGGCAUGAUCGGCGAGGUGUUCUACCAGCGCGCCGACAUGGCCAUCGGCUCCCUCACCAUCAACGAGGAGCGCUCCGAGAUCGUGGACUUCUCUGUCCCCUUCGUGGAGACGGGCAUCAGUGUGAUGGUGGCCCGCAGCAAUGGCACCGUGUCCCCCUCGGCCUUCCUCGAGCCCUACAGCCCUGCCGUGUGGGUGAUGAUGUUCGUCAUGUGCCUCACUGUGGUCGCCGUCACCGUUUUCAUCUUCGAGUACCUCAGUCCCGUCGGCUACAACCGCAGCCUGGCCACGGGCAAGCGCCCUGGAGGCUCAACCUUCACCAUUGGGAAAUCCAUCUGGCUGCUCUGGGCCCUGGUGUUCAAUAACUCGGUGCCUGUGGAGAACCCCCGGGGGACCACCAGCAAAAUCAUGGUGCUGGUGUGGGCCUUCUUCGCCGUCAUCUUCCUCGCCAGCUACACAGCCAACCUGGCCGCCUUCAUGAUCCAGGAGGAGUAUGUGGACACCGUGUCUGGGCUCAGUGACCGAAAGUUCCAGCGGCCCCAGGAGCAGUACCCGCCCCUGAAGUUUGGGACGGUGCCCAACGGGUCCACGGAGAAGAACAUUCGCAGCAACUACCCGGACAUGCAUAGCUACAUGGUGCGCCACAACCAGCCCCGCGUAGAGGAAGCGCUCACUCAGCUCAAGGCAGGGAAGCUGGACGCCUUCAUCUAUGAUGCGGCUGUGCUCAACUACAUGGCCCGCAAGGAUGAAGGCUGCAAGCUGGUCACCAUCGGCUCGGGCAAGGUCUUUGCCACGACGGGCUACGGCAUCGCCCUGCACAAGGGCUCCCGCUGGAAGCGCCCGAUCGACCUGGCUCUGUUGCAGUUCCUGGGGGACGACGAGAUCGAGAUGCUGGAGCGGCUGUGGCUCUCCGGGAUCUGCCACAACGACAAAAUCGAGGUGAUGAGCAGUAAGCUGGACAUCGACAACAUGGCGGGCGUCUUCUACAUGCUGCUGGUGGCCAUGGGCCUGUCCCUGCUGGUCUUCGCCUGGGAGCACCUGGUGUACUGGCGCCUGCGGCAUUGCCUGGGGCCCACCCACCGCAUGGACUUCCUGCUGGCCUUCUCCAGGGACCUCAGCUCGUGUCCCCGCGCCGCCCCCGCGCGCAGGCUCACCGGGCCCUCCCGCCACGCGCGCCGCUGCCCGCACGCCGCGCACUGGGGGCCGCCGCUGCCCGCCGCGCCCCACCGGAGACACCGGGGCGGGGACCUGGGUACCCGCAGGGGCUCGGCGCACUUCUCCAGCCUCGAGUCCGAGAAAUCCCUGACCCCAGACUGUGACUUCCGACCCCUAAAAAUGGUCAUCCGACCCCAGACUGUGACCCCUGACCCCAAACUGUGA